GGCACAUCCGACUGCGCUCGAGAAAGCAGCCCACCUGAGUUUUUUUUCUUUGGAAUUGUUAUCGCGUUUAAUUAUUAUUUAGAAGCUUUUUGCUGGUCAUUUGUUAAAUAUUGUUCGUGAAAAUUGGACUACAAGAUACCCGGCUAGUUUGCAAUAAAUUAUCUAGACUUUAUUCGGUUUAGGCUACUUAAUUUGGUUAAGAGAAGUUUUGGCUUCCAAACAAAUCUUUGCUUUAGGUCUACCAUGGCGUCACUGGAAUUUGAAACCAAUAAGAAUGUGGUUACCAGACUGGCAAAUCUCCCCUUGGUCGGCUCCACGUGCGACCUGUUAUCUCUUGCGUACUGCAGCACCAAAGAAAAUCACCCUUACCUGAGGUCCGUGUGUGAGGUGGCAGAGGCAGGCAUGAAGACUCUGACAUCGGUGGCCCUGACUCAGGCCAGCCCCAUUUUCGACAAGCUAAAGCCCCAAAUUGCUGCUGCUAAUGACCUUGCCUGUAAAGGACUGGAUAAGAUUGAGCAGACCUGGCCCAUCGUGCAACAGCCUUCAGAUCAGGUUGUCACCAACGCCUUGGGUAUAGUUAUGGGAGCCAAGGAGGUGGUUGCCAUAACGACAAAUGGUGCCAGGGAGGCGCUGUUGUUCACGCUGGCGGGAGUUGUGGAGCGGACCCGCGGGGCGGUGCUGGGCAGGGUGGAGAUGACCAGGGCAGCUAUCAGUGGGGGUGUCCACACCGUGAUGGGCUGCCGUGUGGUCCGAUUGGUCAGCACUGGGGUGGACUCCGCCCUGAGUACAUCAGAGACACUGGUGGACCAGUACUUGCCCCUGACCGACGACGAGCUCGAGAAGGACGCCAAAACUGUGGAGGGGUUCGAGAUGGCCACCAAGCCCAGCUACUAUGUGCGGCUGGGCUCCCUCUCCACCAAGCUGCGGAAGAGGGCCUACCGCCGGGCGCUGGCCAAGGUCCAUGAAGCCAAGGCCAGGAGCCAGGAGUCCAUCUCCCAGCUGCACCACACUGUGGACCUGAUUGAGCACACCAGGAGGAAUGUGGGUGACCUGGGUCCGUGGAAGGGAGACGGCCAUGAUGGAGAUGUGCAGCGCAUGGAGUCCCGCACUCUGGCCAUCGCCCGUAGCCUGGCCCGUAGCCUGCAGAACACCUGCCUGUCCCUGGCCCCCAGCCUCCAGGGCCUGCCCCAGAACAUCCAGCACCAGGCCCUGUCCGUGGCCCUCUCUGCCUCUGAGAUCUAUAACAACUUUAGCGGCGCCUUCACCUUCCAGGACCUGUCCGAUAGCGCCCUGGCUAGCAGCCGAGGCCAGCUGGCCCGCAUAAAGGAGUCUCUGGACGGAGUCAUGGACUACCUGGUCAACAACACCCCGCUCAACUGGCUGGUAGGUCCCUUUUACCCCCGGGCAAAGCCUUGCCCUGCCCCUACCCCCAACCACAACCCUGAUCAUGCCACCGAAACUGACCCUGCCCCCGACUCCACCCCCCUAAAGCCCCUGUCCAAUGGGCAGGUGAAGAUGUGGGCUACGGAAGAGGAGAUGUCGCCGCUGAUGAUGUAACCAUUUGGUGCAGGGUUCCCCCGGCAACUUGCUAGUCUGUGUCCAACUGUUUAUUACAAACCGUUACGAGUUAAAAAAAAUUUAGUUCUUCAGUUUGAUACCAGUUUUUGAAACUAAUUUUGAACAUAAUUAAGGUUACCCUUUUGGUGUGUUUCACAGACCCAAGAUUAGGUUUGAGGACUAAAAUGUCACCAUUGGCAAAAUAUACCAAAUAUCGAUUUGGUUCCAGAUUUUUGCCUAGUCGGCUUCUGUGAAACACUAUAAAGUUAUGUCGUGCCCCUAGUCCAACAACCUCUCGUAUCCAAUGAGAGCUCAUUUUGAAGAGGUCAGGCAUGUGAUUUCAUUGUUCUGGGCUGGCUUAUAAUUUAUGUUAAUGUGAGGGUUUGGUUCUUGUACUGGGUGCCACCAUUUUGAAUAUUUUUAUUUUGUUUUCCUUGUCAAGUACUUGUGCCUUGGUGCCAUAGAAAUGGGGAGUGUCAUUUAAAAAAAUACAACGUUCCCUGUGUAUUCCAUAAAUAAAUUUGUGCACAAUAAUCAUAAUAAAUGAACAAGCAUCUAA